AUGGAAUGGAACCUAAGGCAAUUCAGAUGUUGUAAUGAGCUUUUCGCAGUUCACAAUACACAAAGUGGAAGAAUGGAGGUUAAUUCAAAUGUUGGUGAGAAUCCUUUAAUACAUGAGGGCGAAGAUGUUGAAGAACCUAAAAAGGGCAAAACUAGAAUUGUAGACCUUGGGUUGGAUGAAAUCCAGGAGAGAGUCAUGAGAGAAGAAUCCGGUGAUGGGGGUAAUUUACCAUGUUCAACAAGAAGUCCGAUUCACACCGGUUCUACACAAGGAGGUACUAGUAGGAAGGUGAUUAGUCCUUUGGUUGCUCGGCGAAGAGGUCGUCCAGUUACGAAACGGAAGGUUGCCAAAGUAGAUCAAAUUGUUAAUCGGUUCAAGGCAACAGCAAAAAAACAAACAAAAGCAAAGGCUGCUAAGUUGCUCCGAUUUGAACCUGAAGCUCAAGCUCAAGCUCAAGCUCAAACACCGUAUUAUCCUUAUAUGGUUGGCACAGAAAAUAGUAUGUAUGUACCGGUGGCCCAUGGUAUUGGAGGCACAUCUCUUACUCCAUCGGACUUCAUAAGUGGCACACAGGGAAGUUUGAUGAGUGCUCCAACUCAGAUUUAUGGUUCUGCAUCGGGAAACUUAGAUAUUACAGACUUGUUUGACUAGUUUCUAUGUAUUCCAACUGUUUGUUUUUGAGAUUGGAAAUUAUGUAGUUUCUAUGUAGUCACUACUUCAUGUACUUUGAUGUUGAGAAGAUUGAAUAUUAUGUAGUCUA